UUCGGUUUAACCUCGCAAAGUACAACGAUGCAGAAUGCUUGGCCAAAUUCCGCUUUGUCCGUGCGGACAUCCUUCGACUGGUGCACUGUUUCCGCCUACCUCGCUCAUUUGCUACAACGGAGCGGACAAGGUGCUCCGAUGUCAAGGCUGUUUGUGUUCUUCUCCGGCGACUCGCUGUGCCAGACCGUUGGAUCGAUGUAAUCGACAUUUUGGCCGGUCACCGAGUUCCCUAUCCAACAUCUUCCUGUUUGUGGUGGACCAUGUGCACGACAAGUACAAGGAAAUUCUAUUCCUUGACCGUGAACGAAUUGCCCCCCAACUCGCUCGUUUUUCCCGUGCGGUGGCCAACAAGGGUGGCGAAGUUUACAACGUGUGGGGAUUUGUUGACGGCACCGUACGGGCAUGUUUGCGGCCGACGAAUGGGACCAUGCAGCGAAGUGUGUACAAUGCACACAAGCGAAAACGCGCGCUGAAGUUCCAAACGCUGGUUACCCCGGACGGAAUUGCCCACGUUUUUGGUCCCGUGGAGGGCCGUCGGCAUGAUCUAACGAUUUUGAGGCGCUCCAACUUGGAGGCCGUGUUGCGUUCAGACAAGAGGUUCGACGGCUACAUCAUUUAUGGUUACCCCGCCUACGGUAAAUCUGCUCACUUUGCGUCCCCAUUUGGUGGUCGAAACAUCAAUGUUGCCCAGAAGUAUGUGAACAAGAGCAUGAGCAAUGUUCGGGUCAGUGUUGAGUGGUCGUACUCCCAAAUUGUUCGGUACUGGUCUCAUCUGGACCAUCGCACCAAGAUGUGUCUGGGGACGUCGCCGAUCUCAAAGCUGUACAAGGUUGCAAUUUUAUUGACGAAC